UACUUUGCAAACUGCAUCGCUUGCUGCCAACUUCCUGUCAGUCAUUUUUCAUAUUGGUUCUUGGCUUGCAGUCGACGAAAUCGUAAAAAAUCAUAAUCAUCGAUAGUUUAUCUACGAAGAGACGCUAUGAGUUCGGGAAUGCCUGAAUUAGGCUCCAAAAUAAGCCUUAUAUCGAAAGCCGACAUCCGUUAUGAAGGCCGUCUCUUCACCGUUGAUCCUCAGGAAUGUACGAUCGCUUUGGCCAACGUUCGAUCAUUUGGGACUGAGGACAGGGAGACACAGUAUCCUGUGGCUCCGCAGAGCCAGGUGUAUGACUACAUCCUAUUCAGAGGCUCUGAUAUAAAGGACAUCCGAGUCUUGAACAAUGUCCCGUCAAUGCCAAAUGACCCUGCCAUUGUGCAGAUGUCUGUACCUGCUUCCAUUGGCAGCGGUAACCAAGGACAGUUUGUGGGGCAGUAUAACCACCCAGUUGUGGGACAAUCCCAAUAUCCACAGUAUCAUCCAAUGAGCGGUUUUCCUGGCAGUGUACACCCCCAGCUCAGCAAGACGAGUGAGUUGUCUCCUCAAACCUCAGUGGAGCUGCCCCCGCAGCAACCCAUCACUGCUCCAAUUGGAUCAGGAAUUGCCCACUCCAACCAAGUGAAAGACCAAGGUUCAAUGUUGGAUCUGAUUGGAGGAGGUUCACAAAAGAGUGUCUCUCGUUCAGGCACUCCUGCUGCCGUAGGACAUAGGAAGAGUCCUACUGCGGAUCAGGGUACACAGCAGGUUGGGUCAGGAGCGGGUGGCUCAGCACAAAGAGAGUCUCGUCGUGGAGGUGCAAAUGCCAACAACUCGAAUAAGCAAAACCGUCAGAGGCAGUCUUCACGCAGCCGUCAGCGACACCCGAGUGGUUCUCAGUCACAGCCGCACCAACAACAACAACAUCAACAUCAACAGCCGCCCCACCCACAACAACAAUCACAACAUCACAACCACCAGCCCGGUGAGCUCGUUGAAAGCUACCAGGCGUACAACAACAGAGGUGGAGGAUGGAGAGGCAGAGGUCGCGGCCGUGGACGCGGUGGUUUUGUGCCCAGAAACAAGAACACCCUCAAAUUUGACAAUGACUAUGACUUUGAACAAGCCAAUACUGAGUUUGAGGAGUUGCGAAGCCAGCUUGCCAAGACCAAAAUCAGUGAUGGAGAGGUUAAGCCAGAACAGGGUGAUGUUGAAAAGAAGGAUGACUCGGGCAACGAGACAGGUGCUGGUGAAGCGGAGCUUGAAGAAGAGAACUCAAUCAGCGGUUAUGAUAAGAAGAAGAGUUUCUUUGACAAUAUCUCAUGUGAGGCUGUUGAAAGACAAAUGGGUCGCAGCCAGCGAACGGAUUGGAAGACUGAACGUAAAUUAAACUCGGAGACUUUUGGCGUGGCUUCGGCGCGACGAGGAGCGUGGCGCGGCCGGGCGUCUUGGAGGCACAACCCUCAUAACCCUCACCAUCAUCCUAUGUCGUAUUUCCCGAACUGGCGGCCCAUGCGCGGAGGUCGCGGCCGGCCCACCAACCACAUGAAUUACAACAAUCACAACAACAAUAUGAGAGGUCGCAACAACGCCUCCGCUGCGCCCGUCUCACCCGCUGUGCAACCGCCCACUGCUGCAGCUAAAUAGGAGUUGCUGUACAAUGAAAAAUAAUUAUGAAAACUGAUGUAACAGACUAAGUAACGGAAAAGUGUAUGGUGCGGUGAUGAAGUGUUUAAUGUUCUGCUAUAGACUGUGUUGCCGUUCGGGAACAUUUAGGGUUAGGUAGGUUUCAGCUGUUGGACAUUGCUUUGGUAUGAUAGUGUUGUAUCCAAUAAUGGAAGGUGUUUGUAGGAAGUUCCCGUAGGCAGACUUGUGUCCAGGCAUCAUAAGUGUUGUAUUGAGUGAUGUGUUCAAAUCAUUGGGUGAUGUUGUACCCACUAAAUUAUUAUUCAUCACCAGUGGAAUAGACUGUAAACAAUUAGGUGAAAUUCUGUGAUGUUUGAGAGUAACUGAGGCAACUUAAAUGCCCCAUGCAUAAAUUUUGAAGUUUAUUUAUGAAACAUCCGAUUGAAAUAAUAUAUUUUCAUAGCUUUCUCACCUUUUAUGCAGUUGUGCCUAUUGUAUUAUAGUGAAUAAAAUGUGAUUUCUUUAGUUUUUGCACUUAACUUGUUAUUGACUACAACAGCCCCACAGAAUGUUAAUGUUUGGUGUCUGCUGGACAGAAAAGUUAUCAUAUUGUAGUCUUACUGACUUAAGUAGGAAAGUUUGCUUAUCUAGCAUUCUUUGUUUGUAUACUGAUUACUCAGGUGAUUUUGAGUGAUUGUUUGUACAAAUAUGAUCUCAUGUAUGUUUGCUCUGUAACUGACUCAAGACUUGAGGCGAACUGAUGAAGUAUUAAGCGAUGUACACACAUAAAUCUACUUCGAAAUGUAAUUGAACUAUUAAUACUCAUAUAGUUAACUUUUGAAUUAUCCCAUGUUCUGCUUCAUGACAAAAAAAAUUCAAUCAAAAGAAAGUUUAAAAAAUGGGUAAACUAUUCAUAUUUAGCCUGUAUUCUUGAAGUCAGUUUUAUAUUAUAUAGUUGUAGUCAAUAAUCGCUGGAUUACAUUAUGUGAUCGACUUCAGCAUGUAAAAGUUGGUUUGUAUAGUGCUGUGGGGCCUGUUUGUAGAUUUUAUGACACCAAUGGUUAUAAAAUGUAAUUAUAUUAUAGAUAAUGCAAAUCGCAGGAACAUACUCUUUCAUUUAGAUUCAGAGUUGUUCAAAUUCUAGUAUAAAUAUUUUGUCAGAGACUUGUUAAUGUAUAGAAGUCUUCAGUACUUUUGAUCAGCCAAUGUCCUUUUUCUAACGUUUAUUUUUGUGACAAAUAAAAAUAUGUAAACUCGUUAACUGUACCUGGUGAUUGUAUUAAAUACAGAAAUCUGGAGAACUGGUUUAUUCGAUUAAAACAUCUUUAUAUUUCA